AUGGAAGGACGAAAGAAAUAUAUCGAGCAAAAGAUGACACCAAUUCAAGCAAUUGUCGCAUUACGGGAUGCUGAAUUGGAAUUGCAGUGUUUCAAAUGUUUAAGUCCGGAAGAACAAACCGAAGUAGAAGAAGUUUGGAAACCGAACGAAUCAUUCAUAGGAAAAAAAAUUCGUCAAAUCAUUGAUAAAGUAAAAGAGUUUAUUUUAUCAGAAGUUGAGCGUAGUGGAAAGCAAAAAACGAAUGAAUGGGAAUAUAUUUGGGAAAAAGCUGAUUUUGAGAAAGGCAUGAAGGGUUGGUGGAGAAGUAUCGUUAACAUUGAUCCGACUCUUUCUGUAGCUGAAAAAACUAUUAGUCUUAUUAAAAAAUUCAUGAAGCGUCAGGUCAAUGAACCAAAACUUGGUGAUCAUUUCGAGCUUAUACUACCAAAAUUAAGCCGAAAAGACAUGGGCUGGUAUCGUUGCAUAAGACGUAUGAACAAUACGGUAAAAAUAGCUAAUAUAUAUUACAUCGAUGUGAUCACCAAUUCAACCCCUGAAAUUAUAAUAAAUAAUUCUGUGAAGGAUCAAAUGCAAGCUAUGCAACAUAAAUUUGCAAAUUUUAAAUUACAAUCGAAUGCAGUCGCUACUCCAUGGAGUGAAUGCAGUAAUUGCGAUACAAGAGAAGGCGAAAAACGACGCAAAAUUGCUUGUCAUUUAUCGUUCAUUGGUACCAAUCCAAAUACGAAAUAUCUUGUGGCCCAUUCAGGAUAUCGUCCAUGUUGA